AUGAGCAGCAGCAUGGACUCGUCGGAGCUAAGGAAGGUGUUCCAAAUGUUCGACAAAAACGGCGACGGCCAGAUCACCAAGAAGGAGCUAGGCGAGUCGCUCAAGAACCUCGGCAUCUACAUCCCCGACGACGAGCUCGAUGCCACGAUGGACAAGAUCGACGUUAAUGGCGAUGGUUGUGUGGACGUCGAGGAGUUCGGCAGGCUCUACAGCUCCAUCGUCGAGGAGGGCCCAGGGGGCGACGGCGACAAGCACGAUGAGGAGGAGGACAUGCGGGAGGCGUUCAACGUCUUCGACCAGAACGGCGACGGAUACAUCACCGUCGAGGAGCUGCAGUCCGUGCUGGCCAGCCUCAGCCUCAAGCAGGGGCGCACGGCCGAGGACUGCCGCAAGAUGAUCAGCAAGGUCGACGCAGACGGCGACGGGCGCGUCGACUUCACGGAGUUCAAGCAGAUGAUGCGCGGCGGCGGGUUCGCUGCCCUAGGUAGAUGA